AUGGAUCGCCACCUGGAUCCGGACGCGUGGGAGUACGAAUACCAUGAGACAGAGACAGAGACCUUCUAUCUGAACUUGGACCUUAGCUCCCACCAUGGCCCUAUCCGCCCUCCACGACGGCGGCAGGGUGACCCCGCCUCCAAUGAGCCGGCCAAUGCUGCAGACGAUGCACCUGAUUCAAAUCCAGGUGCUGAUGCCUUCACGCCGCUCGAGAGUGCAGAAUCCGAGACUUUGGGCUCCGAGCGAAUCCAGAUUCUCGGUCUCCACACGUGCAACCCUAUCGUCUCCUACCACAACCAAAUCUUCAGCUGCUCCUGGGCCGAUCAAAUCGGUACCGAGCUAGUCUUCGCUCAUCCGGACUCGGACCCGGACCCUGAUCAUACGCCUCUGUACCCGGGCCCAUCGUUUGACCUCCUCGCUGCCAACUCUGUGAAGAUCCUCGGCCGCAAAGCGAACAUCACCUCCAGCUCGGGGCUCGGAUUGGUUCAGGAUAGCAUUGCGGGAAACUCCGAUCCAGCACCAGAGACUCCGUCGUCCUCUCAGACGGCUGCUUCCGCCAGCGUGCCCAGGCGUGUCGUGCCACAAACGUAUCAGGCGCAGUUCCUUCAGCAACUGCAGAAUAUCAAAAUCGCCAAGGGUGAAAGUGAUACCGUGCGCACUACCAUGAGCAACCGGCGCAACGUGAACAUCGCUGAGCGUCUGAGUGGAUGGGCUCGCACCGAGGAACAGGUCGCUGAAGUGAACAGGCUUCGCGCGCUAGCCUACGAAGGAGACCCUGAAGCCCUCGCAACUUUGGAACAACUGAUCCGUGAACAUGUUCACCCAGAUGAGUGA